UGACGAGCGCCGAUCUCUCCGUCUCCUAUAACCGCGUCUUCUCUCUCUAUCUCUCCCUCGUUGGCUCGGUCUCGGAUCGCAGAGGCCAUGGCGAAGACGACGACGACGACGACGACAACGAUGUCCCCGAUCUUCGGCCUCGCCGCCGUCUUGGCGCUCUGCUUCGCUCGGGCCGCCGUGUCGAGUCCCUCCGACCACCGCUACAAGGCGCGACACCCCGUCCCUCUCUACGCCAACAAGGUCGGCCCCUUCCACAACCCCAGUGAAACAUAUCGCUACUUCGAUCUUCCGUAUUGCACACCAGAUCAUCUGAAAGAGAAAAAAGAAGCUCUGGGUGAAGUGUUAAAUGGAGAUCGUUUAGUUAGUGCUCCCUUCCAGCUUGACUUUUUAACGAUUAAGGAAUAUGAAGUUGUUUGCAAGAAAACACUUUCAAAGGUAGAAGUGGCACGAUUCCGGUCUGCAAUCAUCCAGGACUAUUACUUUCAGAUGUAUUAUGAUGACUUGCCUAUCUGGGGUUUCAUCGGGAAGGUUGACAAGGAGGGCAGGGAUCCAAGUGAAUACAAGUAUCUUCUUUAUAAGCACAUUAUCUUCGAGAUCUUUUACAACAAGGACCGUGUGAUCGAGAUUAAUGUCCGGACAGACCCAAACAGCGUCGCAGAUCUUACAGAAGACAAAGAAGUUGAUUUUCAGUUUAUGUACACAGCAAAGUGGAAAGAAACAAAUAUUCCAUUUGAGAAAAGGAUGGAUAAAUACUCUCAGUCAUCUUCACUGCCUCAUCAUCUCGAGAUUCACUGGUUUUCAAUCGUAAAUUCAUGUGUUACAGUUCUUUUGUUGACUGGAUUUCUUGCCACAAUCCUCAUGAGAGUUCUCAAGAAUGAUUUCGUCAAGUACGCCCAUGACGAAGAAUCGGCUGAAGAUGAGGAGGAGACUGGAUGGAAAUACAUCCACGGGGAUGUGUUUAGGUUCCCAGGGUAUAAAUCUCUUUUUGCUGCUGCAGUUGGUUCUGGUACUCAGCUGUUUACUCUUACCAUAUUCAUCUUUAUAUUGGCAUUGGUUGGUGUCUUCUAUCCGUACAACCGAGGCGCACUAUUUACGGCGCUGGUUGUUAUAUAUGCACUCACGUCAGGAAUUGCAGGCUAUACUGCUUCCUCCUUUUACUGUCAGCUGGAGGGAACAAACUGGGUCAGGAAUUUACUAUUGACUGGAUGCCUCUUCUGUGGGCCCCUGUUUCUCACAUUCUGCUUCUUAAAUACGGUUGCCAUUGUCUACACUGCCACUGCAGCUCUUCCAUUCGGCACAAUUUUGGUCAUAGUUCUUAUAUGGACACUUGUAACAUCACCUUUGCUCAUAUUAGGCGGGAUUGCUGGGAAGAAUAGCAAGGCCGAAUUUCAAGCUCCAUGCCGCACCACUAAGUACCCCAGAGAGAUUCCACCAUUGCCAUGGUAUAGGGAGACAAUCCCUCAGAUGGCAAUGGCUGGUUUUCUCCCUUUCAGUGCCAUAUACAUCGAACUAUACUACAUUUUUGCCAGUGUCUGGGGUCACAGGAUCUAUACCAUAUAUAGCAUCUUGUUUGUUGUUUUCAUCAUUCUCUUGAUAGUCACUGCUUUUAUCACAGUGGCAUUGACCUACUUCCAACUUGCUGCUGAGGACCACAAAUGGUGGUGGAGGUCUUUUCUCUGUGGUGGAUCAACUGGAUUAUUUAUCUACGGGUAUUGCUUAUACUACUACUACGCACGGUCAGAUAUGUCCGGGUUCAUGCAAACUUCAUUCUUCUUCGGCUACAUGGCCUGCGUCUGCUAUGGAUUUUUCCUCAUGCUUGGUACCGUAGGUUUUCGCGCAUCCUUGCUAUUCAUCCGACACAUAUACCGAUCCAUUAAGUGCGAGUAGGUCGGUGGUCCUCGUCGAUCUUCUUUUCCUCUUGCCUUUCUUCUUAGCUGCCCUGUAUAAUAACCUUUUCACAAAAGCAUAUAGUUCUCCUCACACAUCUUGCUACUUGAGAAACAUGUGCUUAGCAUCACUUAUCCUGGUUGUUUUGUGCUGAUUUUUUCCAGUCUAUUUAGGAAUAUGAUUUUUUUUUGGUUGGUUUCAA